AUGUGGGACUCUGGGUUCUGCAACGUAAUUAUUCCAACAGUGUCAACAAUGAUUAUUUACGUACUGACAGUAAAUCUCGUAAGAUAUUUGAUGAGAGACAACUGUUUGUCAAUAAGAGAUGUCUCCAAGAAUCAUAGCUGGACCCCUAUUAUCAGUAGUAGUAAUAAGGCAUAUUACUGCAGUAUCUGCGAGUCUCUAUUACUUAACACAAAAAGCGUUCUUUGUGAUUCAUGUGGUGUAUGCGCUGAUACAGGAUGUAUAAAAGCUGCAGACAAACAAUUGGUCUGCAAAGCAAUAACUCAAUCUACCGAGAUUAUGAAGCAUCACUGGAUUCAUGGAAAUUUGCCGACUGUUGCGAUGUGCGAAGUAUGUGAUGAAGAGUGUGACAUAGAGCCGGGACUGGUUGAUUGGUUCUGCUGCUGGUGUCAAAAGUGUGUUCACGAAGCUUGCAAGCUGAAGAUCAACGAGAUAUGUGACUUUGGGAAGUUUAAAUUAAUGAUAAUACCACCAGGAAGUUUGGAAGUUGUAAACAGGCGACGUACAGUACGUCGACGUCUGCAGUUACGAUCGAUUAUACCACCUGUAUGGAGUGAUUGGAAACCACUGAUAGUCGUUGCGAAUAAAAAGUCCGGUAACAAUGAUGGAGCAAUGGUUCUGUCAAUGUUUCGGCGAUUAUUAAAUCCAUCACAGGUCGUAGACCUCUCGGAACGUGACCCGGUGGCAGCAUUGGAGUGGUGUCGUUUGUUAGGCGACAAAUCGUGCAAUGUUCUGGUCGCUGGAGGCGAUGGAACUGUCGCAUGGCUAUUAAAUUCUAUUCAUAAACUCCGUUUAAAGCAGGUGCCCGCCGUUGCAAUUUUACCUCUAGGUACUGGGAAUGAUUUAUCUCGUGUACUGGGCUGGGGCAGCGAAUGGACAGUUACAUUGCAGUAUGAUGGACGGAGUCUCGGUUUCAGAGGCUCACAACAACGUAAAUUCAUGUACAAUUACAUGAGUGUGGGAGUUGAUGCACAAGUCGCUUUGAAUUUUCAUCGAGCCAGAGAAAGUAGAUUUUAUUUAUUUAGCCAUAGAAUUUUCAACAAGUUGUUGUACUUGUGUUUUGGAACGCAGCAAGUUGUAGAAAGAGAAUGUAAAGACUUGGAUAAACGUAUUGAAGUAUAUUUAGAUGGUAAACAAGUUGAUUUACCAUCGACAGAAAGUAUUGUUGUACUUAAUAUUCCAUAUUGGGGUGCCGGAGUUAAACUUUGGGACUUAGGACUCCAGGGUAAUGAAGGCGUCGGUAUGCAAAGUAUUAAUGAUGGUAAACUUGAGGUAUGCGCACUUUAUUCAUCAUUCCAUAUUGCUCAGUUACAAGUUGGUAUGUCACAACCACAUAGAUUGGGUCAGGCUAAAACAGUCACGGUAAUUAAAUUAUUGGAUUCUUGUGCGGUACAAAUCGACGGCGAACCGUGGUCUCAGAAUCCGUGUGAGUUCAGCAUAACACACUGCAACCAAGCUUCAAUGCUAAUGUCAACUUAUCGGUAA